AUGUGGAGAAGUAAGCUAGAGAAGAUGGAUUGGACUAUAAAAGUUAGGCUUCGAAGAAAUUCAAUGGUUGCUAUGAAUUAUUCAACUGUUAAGUUUAAUUCAUCUUCUUCUUCUAGCUCCUCUGAUUCUAGCUCUGGAAUCGGUGGAUUUUCUUCUUCAGAUACUAAUUCCUUUUACGGAUCUUCAAAAUCGAAAUCCAAGAGCUUCACAUUAAAACCUAUAAAAUCGUCAAUAAAUCAGCAGGAAUUAUUUCAAAGGAAUUACUCCGAUGAAAUUCCAGCUAAGAAGAACAAAGAAGGAGAUCUUAAAAAAAGAGCGUUGAAGCUGUACGGCGGUUUAAAAAAAGUGAAACAACCGAUUUCACCAGGUGGAAAACUCGCGAGUUUUCUCAACUCGUAAUUCAACUCAAACGCAUCCUAAAAAUCGAAGAUCUCAUCAUCAAUAACCUCAUCCAACAGUCAGAAAUUCUGCACGUCAACACCAUCAACAACAUCUUCCUACUCCCGUUCAUGCCUCAGUAAAACGUUGUCGUCCGCCGGAAGGUUCGAGAGACGGUCAGUAAGAUUUUGUCCAGUUGAUACCGUGAUUUCCGCCGACAAAGAAUACAAAAUUGAUCAAGGUUACGAACAAGAAUUAAAAGUUGAGAUAAUGGAGAAGCAUAGAAGAGUAGAGGAAGUUGCUAAGAAACUGUUAAAUAAUUAUCACGAAAGAAAAUAUCAAAGCGACGUUAACAAUAAUUUGUGUAACAAUGGUGCAAUUUUUUGA